GCGACACCUUAGUAACACGAAGGCUGGGUCAGCUUACCUGACCUCACCCCACGCCACGGUAAGUUCCACUGUGGCGUACUGAGUGUGGCCAGUAAAUAUAUCACACUCAGGACUGAGGUAGGAGAGAAACUCACAAUGCAUUUUCUUAUAUAUAAAUAUAUUGAAUGUGCAGUGCAGUUUGGUGCUGGGAAGUUGCUGCUUGGAAGAGGAGUUUGCUGAGAGGUUUUGCCGGUUCAGGAACGUGGAGUAGAAUGAGAGCUGGUCAGCUGAAAGGGCUCAUUACGCUCGCCAGACUUCUCAGUAAUUUGGAAACCCCCCUUAUUCAAUUUCUGGGUGCGCCCCUGAUCUGGCAUGUCAUUUAUGAAACAAACAACGGUCUCAGCACACAACCCUGAGAGUACACAUGACGUAAACAUUAUAUUUUAAACAAAGAGUGUAAAUAUAAACAAGACUCAGAAAUACAGACCUUUGUUUCCAGAGAGUUCAUUAGUUUUUAAAGGGGUUUGGAACUUUAAAUGCAUGAGUAAAACACUGUUAAGAUAAUUAUAUACUUUGUUUUUGUUCACACGACUAAUUCAACUAAGAUAGACCUACAGGUAUAUGGUUUUGUAAUUUGAAUAAAUCAAUACGCUGUGGAUUUUGUAUACUACUAUUGUAUGUUCUAUAAUGUAUUAUAUAAUAUUAUAUAAAUGUUUUAUAUAUACAUUAUUGUAUUGUUCUUAUAUAUUGUACGUCACAGUGCAUUUCUUUUGCCCUUACCUCCCUGCCAGACCCAUGCACCAGUGACACCUGCACACCGCCCUUCACCUGUACACAGGCUGACAAGGGAGUGACUGAGUGUCGGUGUCAGAGCGCGUGUCAGGACCUGCUGCAACCUGGGGUGUCGUCCAGCGUAUAUCACAGCUCCCUCGUCCUCACCACCACCACUUCUCCUGGUGAUCCUAACAUUGCCUGGCGCCUCACCGCAGCGCUGGAAAAGACCUUCGGUCGUAACAACGUCGAGAUACUCUCCAUAAAACCCAAGACUAUGAGGAAAAGGUCAGUCUCCCAGCUUCAAGUGGAGUUCUUGGUAGUGACCCAGCAACCUAACAUUACUCAGGAGGUAGCUGAUGCCAUCAAAAUGCAAUGCGAGCCUAGCGAGGACAUCAACCCCGGAGUGUGUGUCUUGGCCGGGGGUCUAGUGAUCCAAGAGGACUCAAUCACUGUGGAGAAUAAUGAUCCAUGUGCAGAGCAGCCGUGCCCAGGAAACGAUGUGUUCACCUGCCGCCCACGGCCCAACACCACCGGGCGCUUUGUUUGUUCCUGCAAAACUGGUUUUCUGAAGGUGAAUGUUCUGGGAACUCCAGGCAUGUGUAAGGAUGUGGACGAGUGUGAUGGGGGCGAGAGGGUGUGUGAGGAGGAACACGAGUGUAUCAACACGCCAGGCAGCUUCGUGUGCAGACAAAAACCAUCAGCACUAGGACAAAAUGCUAAGGUCAUGAAGAAGCUGGCUAUUGCUUUCGGUGUGCUGUUCUUCAUUGCUUUAUUCGUCAUCGUCGGCUUUGUGUACUUGCUGAAGAAAAAGAACAAGAGCAACCGGGAGCUGGUGCCGAUGUCUGCCACUUCAGGCUUCGACAACGACGCCUACCAUAAGUAACUAGCCAAAAGGGAGACGAGUAAGACAUGGAAAAACAGGAGAGGCGAGUGAAAAUGGAAGAAUAAAGAAAAGUAGAUGGAGGAAGAAAAGAAAACUGACAAAAUAGUGAGUUGGUGGAUGAAGAGGAGAAAGGGGAGCUGACGAACUGGGUGUAUGAAGGGGUGAUAAAGACGGUGGGAAAGGUUUAUAUCCUAAAAGUGAAUUGCGGAAGUACAGUACAGUGUUUCCUUGACGUGGGGGAUUAGUGAAUAUACUGUGAAUGCAAAAUGCCAAAUAAAUGAUUUUAGAAACGU